ACCAGUUACAUUCGGGCAUUACAAUCGAUCGGUGUGGAAAAUUCGAAAUCCCUUAGUUCAGAAAGGGAAAGUGCUGGGAGGGGAUUGGAAAGGGCACCUUCGGUGAUUUUUUUUUGCGACGUGGGUUCAAUUUUACUGAAUGAUUUAAGCGUGUGCACACAAGUAUUUUGAUAGUUAAAAUAUGAACUACCAACGCGUAGCAGCGAUGGAGAACGGGUUGAAAAAGGAAGAUUUUUGCAGCGCCAGCAAAGGAAACAAAAGCAUUAUCAAUGGACUGAACGUAGGUGUUUGAGUGAAGUUUGAAGUCGUGCCGAUCAUUAUAACGUACCAAAUUGUGUGAAAGACACUCGAACAGUACACAACAAAAUCAUCACUGGAAAUCAUGAGGGAUAUACUGCAAGCCAAUGGCAUUACCAUCACGGUGGCAAUACCGAACGUUCCGAAUCGGGAAAAAUGGGGCAAAGGGGUGGAAUUCAUGCUGUCCUGCAUUGCCUACUCGGUGGGGUUUGGGAACAUCUGGAAGUUUCCCUACACGGCACUGGAGAAUGGAGGAGGUGCCUUCCUGAUCCCGUACCUGAUAGUACUGUUCCUGAUUGGGCGACCCAUCUAUUAUCUGGAGAUGGUGAUGGGGCAGUUUUGUAGUCGAGGUUGCGUGAAGAUCUACGACAUGGCACCGGUUAUGCGAGGCGUUGGCGUAGGUCAAUCGUUGGCGAUGUUCGUGGUGAUGACCUACUAUACUCCGGUACUGGCAAUCACGCUCUACUAUUUGAUUGCAUCGUUUAGCAGCGAGCUUCCGUGGAGUCGAUGUGAUCCUUCGUGGAGUCGGUGUAUCGAUUCAAUAUCUCGGGAGCUAGAAAAUUCCAAUGGAUCACAGCACAUGAACGUUUCGGCAGAGUUGUUCUUCACGAAAACCGUCAUGCACCGAGCACCACUGGCACAAGGUCUUGGCAUACCGGACAUGGACCUAACGCUGUGUCUUCUAGCCUCCUGGCUAGUGGUGGUCGUCAUCCUGAUCAAAGGCAUCCGAAGCACCGGAAAGUGUGCUUAUUUUCUAGCCAUUUUUCCAUAUGUUAUCAUUUUGAUUCUAUUCGUUCACUCGUGCACGCUGGAAGGUGCUGGUAAGGGAAUAAAGUUUUUCCUAACUCCCGAUUGGAAACAGCUGUUUGAACCUCGCGUUUGGAUGGAAGCCGUUACGCAGUGUUUCUUCUCCCUGUCUAUCUGCUUUGGUGGAAUCAUUGCGUACUCGUCAUUUAACAACUUCACUAACAAUGUCUAUCGGGACGCCAUGAUCAUCUCCUGGUUGGAUACGUUCACCUCGAUCAUCGUGGGAUGCAUCGUGUUCGGAGUGCUCGGAAACCUGGCGCACGUCACCAACAAGGAAAACAUUCAGGACGUGGUCCGGCAGGGGCCGGGCUUGACCUUCAUGGCCUAUCCGGACGCCAUCUCCAAGUUUGAGUAUUUUCCGCAGCUGUUUUCGGUGCUAUUCUUCCUGAUGCUGUUCAUAGUCGGCAUCGGGAGUAACCUGGGCGUGGUCACCAGCAUCAUAACGGCUAUCAGAGAUCGCUGUCCAACGCUGGAGAACUGGAAGGUUGCAAGCGUGGUGUGCGUGGUGGGAUUCAGUUUGAGCACGAUCUACAUGGCACCCGGAGGACUUGAUCUGUUGGAUGUGUUUGAUAAUUAUGGUGCCAAGUACGUCACGUUGACGUUCGCCUUGUUUGAGCUGAUUACGUUUGGGUGGAUCUACGGAGUGGACCGAAUAUGUCGAGAUAUUCAGUUCAUGUUGAACAUCGAAACAGGCAAAUUUUGGAGGAUUUGCUGGGGUUUUCUGACUCCUUUGGUUGUGGCAGUUAUUUUAAUUGGUUGUCUUGUUGAUCACAAACCGGUUGACGUUCCUGAUGAAUACAACCUUGUCGGCUGGUGUGUCUACAUACUUGCGGUGAUUCAGUUGCCGCUUUGGGCCAUCUUCGCUGUCGUUUCUCAGAAGCAAUCCGGAUUGGUCAAUAAGAUAAGAAAUGCCUUUAAACCAACCAAAUCGUGGGGACCUGAGAAUUAUCACACAAGGGAGUUGUACAAUUUGUCCUUGGAAAAACUGGGCGCAUCGUCAGACAGGAAUAAGGAAUCGAAUGUGUUGAAAUUUAUUUAUCGCAGAGUUUUAAAAUAGCACUAAGACAUUUUAUUAUAUAAGCUUUUUUAUCGUUUAAGACACAAAAUUGUUUGUAAAUAAAUCUUGUGAAUCCCA